AUGGCACCCAUCGCAACCGCCAAGUAUGACUGGAUCCUCGCGAUUACAUCGGUUGCCUUCGUCUUCAGUGCUUUCGGUAACGGUGCCAACGAUGUUGCCAAUUCAUAUGCAACCUCCGUUGCAGCCCGCACACUCAACAUGGCCACAGCCGGUGUCCUGGCUGCCUGCACUGAGUUCAUUGGUGCAGUAGCCAUGGGCUCCCGUGUCUCAUCGACCAUCAAGAACGGAAUCAUCGAUAUCACAAGAUUUGAAGGAAGGCCUGGUGCCCUCAUGCUGGCCAUGGGGUGCGCAGAGGUCGGCAGUGCCUCGUGGUUAAUGCUUGCCACUGGACUCGGCUGGCCUGUUUCGACAACGCAGACCAUUGUCGGUGCCCUUAUUGGUGUUGGAUUUGCUGCGCAGGCAGAUAUCACCUGGGAAUGGAAAAGUGGCAGUGUCUCUCAGAUUGCUGCUUCUUGGGGAAUUGCACCUCUCAUCGCCGCUGCAUUUUCGGCUAUCAUUUUUGGCACUCUCAAGUACAGUGUGCUUGAACGAAAGGAUCCCUUCAAGUGGGCGAUGCGUUUGAUUCCCUUCUACCUGGCAUUUACAGGUGCCAUUCUCGCUCUCUUUAUUACCAUCGAAGCCCCCACGGCCCCCUCUUUGGAAGAGUUUGGUACCGGCAAGAUCGUCGGAAUCAUCCUGGGAGUCUUCUUCGGAUGUCUCCUCUUCGCCUAUGUCUUCUUCAUGCCAUACUCCAAGCGCCGUCUCAUCCAAAAUGAUGGCCGUAUAAAGUUCUAUCACAUCCCCCUCGGUCCUCUGUUGCUCCGAGAGAACCCUCCUCUGUACUUCCCUGGCAAGGGUGAAGGGACCGUGAUCAACUAUUAUGAAGACGCUUAUGGCGAAGUGCACGCCGGUCAAGCCGAUGCCGCUAAGCACCACACCACAACCGAUGCAAACUCGGUUAUCGCCUCACCUGAAAUUACAGCAAAAAGCAAGCCGGAUAUCCCCGCCGAAGACGAAGAAAAGAACAUGAACUCGGUCAACUCCACACCUCAAAUCAAGCCUCAAAAGAAGCAUGUCGGACCUACCGAACGGUUCAUCGACCCCGUCCGCGAGCUCUCCUGGACUAACCCCUUGAAGGCUUGGGGAUACAUCAAGUGGAUUCUUCUGCAGGGUGUGACCCGCGAUGUGGUCACUCACGACUCGGCACACCUACGUGCCAUCCACGCCCGUGCACACCGAUACGAUGACCGCGUUGAACACCUGUGGACAUACUGCCAAGUUAUAUCAGCGAUGAUGAUGUCUAUCGCUCACGGAUCGAACGAUGUUGCCAACGCCGUUGGACCAUGGGCUUCCACCUACAGCACAUUCCAUGCUGGAGUUGUCGAGACCAAGGCUCCUACGCCAGUCUGGUUCCUCGUUGUUGCGGGUCUGCUGCUCGGCCUCGGGUUCUGGUUCUACGGGUACCAUAUCGUGCGUGCUUUGGGUAACAAGAUCACUCAGAUGUCGCCUACUCGUGGUUUCAGCGUUGAACUUGGAGCCGCCAUUACUGUGCUUUUGGCUUCGAGACUUGCGUUGCCGGUCUCAACCACUCAGUGCUUGACUGGAGCUUCGAUGGGUGUGGCUCUCAUGAACUAUGAUCUUGGUGCUGUGAACUGGAAACAGCUGGGCUUUAUCUUUGGUGGUUGGGUCUUGACUCUUCCUUGUGCCGGAUUGAUUUCUGGGCUGUUGUGUCUCAUGGCACUGAAUGCUCCCCACCUGUAA